UUGAUUUCCAAUAUUGUUAGUAAUAAAGUCUGAUUGAAGAAGAAUUAUAUCCAUGAAAUUCGUUCAGUUUUUGGUUCCCAAUUUCAUGAAGCCAAAGUGAAGCUUUCCGAGCUAGGCUUUUUUUUUUUUUUUUUUCGUUUUCGUUUUUGUUUUUGUUUUUUGCUUCCAACGUUUUUUGCUGUGUAAAAUCCUCAGCUUUCUCUGCUUCGUUUGAAGCCCAUUCAGUAUAAUUAUGGUUGAUCUGGAAGAACGAGCUGUGAGGGAUCUGGAAGAAAGAGCUGCGAGCAAAUCAGAACAGAGUAUCAUUGGAAAAAUUUCAAAGAGAAUGCGUCCUUUAAAGAUGCCAGACUUUCUAGAGUGGAAUAAGAUAUUUGCAUUGGCAUGUGUGGUUGCGGUCUCACUGGAUCCUUUGUUCAUUUAUGUUCCUGUCAUCAAUGAAAAUAAUAAAUGUCUUACCAUGGACAAGACAUUGGCGACAACAGCUGUUGCUGUCAGAUUCUUAGCAGAUAUAAUUUAUGUUGGAGAUAUUAUCUAUAAUGUUAAUAAAUCUUCUCUGGAAUUGAAAAGACGUGGGACAUGGAAAACAAACAAGUUUUUUAAGAUAAACAACUUUUUUAAGAAUGCUUUGGCAAUAUGGAAGCUUUCCUGGCGUCUUAUACUUGUUGACUCUCUGGCCAUUCUUCCGAUUCCACAGAUAAUAAUGUUAGUCUCCUUUAAGAAAGUGAGGGGCUCGGGAUAUUUGGAUGAAAGGAGGUUACUGAGCUUAAUUCUUAUAUCCCAAUAUGUUCCAAGGGUUUUUCGAAUAUACAUAUCAUCUAAGGAAGCUACAAGGGUUCGGGACGUCCUCACGGAUACUGUUUGGAUUAGGGGUGCUUUUAACUUUUUUCUCUACAUUCUCGCAAGCCAUGUGUUUGGAGCCUUUUGGUACUUUUUCGCUGUUCAAAGAGAAACAGCAUGCUGGUUUCAAGCCUGUGAACGAUCAGGAAUAGCAAACUGUGGACUCGAUACUUUUUGUGAUGAUCAUGAAAGUGCACCAACAAAUUAUAUCACACUUGUACAUUCUAAAUGUCCCAUAAACGUGGAUCCCGAUGAUACAAUAGAGGAACUCUUCGAUUUUGGGAUAUUCCUGGAUGCCAUCAAGUCUGGUCUGCUGGGAUCAUAUGAUUUUCCACGAAAGUUGGCUUAUUGUUUUUGGUGGGGACUGCGGAAUUUGAGUUCUCUUGGUUCAAACCUCAAAACAAGCAGUUACUUUUGGGAAACGUACUUUGCAAUUUCUGUUUCUAUUGUUGGCUUGCUACUGUUCUUGUAUCUCAUUGGAAACAUGCAGACUUAUCUACAAUUGGCGACUACAAGAUCCGAGGAGAGAAGACUAAAGAUGAAACAGAAAGAACCUCAGAUUGAUGCGUGGAUAUCAAGAAAUAACCUUGAUAAAGAGAAGAAGACGAUCAUGGAAAAAGUACAACACAGUUUGGAAGUAGACAAAGAUAUUAACGUCGAAACUCUGGUCAAUGCACUCCCUCAUGAAUAUAGGAGGUAUAUAACGCGCGAACUCAGCCGUGGUACGCUUAAAAAAUACAUUAUUUUGCAUCAAAGUAAUGUAAAUGAGGAGGCAAUAGAGAAAUUGGUGGAGGCGAUAUGCGAGCAUAUGAAGCCGGUAGCAUACAAAGAGAACAGUAACAUCAUAAGAGUAGGAGACCCCUGUCAGAUGGUCCUCAUAACACAAGGCACUGUUGUGGUGAACACAGGAAGCAGCGGAUCAAAUGGUGGUACUUGUACUAAUGCUAGUGCGAAACAACUGAACAAAGAUGAUAUAUAUGGAGAUAAUUUGUUGCUCACGCCCGAGCAUGAUUCGCCUUCAGGUGUCACAAUCUCAAACGAAUGUGUAGAAUCGCUUACAGAAGUUGAAGGCUUUGCUGUCAAUGCCAAGGACUUGAUGAAUGUGAUCUCUAACAGCCACUGGGGGCUUAGCUGCUCGAUUCUCCCCUGAGGUUGAAGCCCGGUUCCGAGGAUUUGUGCUAUAAGAGGAUGAUCAGUCCACCAACGCCGCACUAAUCGAGCAAACAAAGCGCCUAUCAAACGUAGUAUUAUUCGUAGGCAAGCCUCUGCAUUAAUAGACAAAUUUGGUUGGUGAAUAUUAUGAUGCAUGUUACUCGCUUUUCAAAGCUGACAUUUUUUUUUUUCCAAAGGACAUGUUGCUACACUAUGUGAAUUUCAAAUACUAAGCAAUUGUAUAUAUAUAUAUAUAUA